AUAGGCGUCUGGGCGGAGACGCGCCCCUCCGACGGCUCCAGGACACCGCUCAGAGCACAGCUCUGGGGAAACCAUGGAACGUCCCGUGAGAGUGAGGAGUUGGGUGGAGGAGAACCGAGCCUCAUUCCUGCCCCCCGUCUGCAACAAGCUCCUGCAUCAGGAGCAACUCAAAGUCAUGUUCGUCGGAGGCCCCAACAUCAGGAAGGAUUACCACAUCGAGGAGGGUGAGGAGGUGUUUUAUCAGCUGGAGGGCGACAUGGUUCUCCAAGUCCUGGAGCGAGGGAAACACCGGGAUGUGGUCAUUCGGCAGGGAGAGAUAUUCCUCCUGCCUGCUGGGGUCCCCCACUCUCCACAGAGGUUUGCCAACACUGUGGGGUUGGUGAUUGAGCGGAGGCGGCUGAAAACCGAGCUAGAUGGACUCAGAUACUACGUGGGAGGCACCACGGAUGUCCUGUUUGAGAAGUGGUUCUACUGCGAGGACCUUGGCACACAGCUGGCCCCCAUCAUCCAGGAGUUCUUCAGCUCUGAACAGCACAAAACAGGAAAGCCCAUUCCUGACCAGCUACUCAAGAAACCACCAUUCCCCCUGAGUACACGAUCCGUCAUGGAGCCCAUGUGCCUGGAAGCCUGGCUGGAUGGCCACCGCAGGGAGCUGCAGGCAGGCACAUCCCUCAGCCUGUUUGGGGACAACUAUGAGACCCAGGUGAUCGUCCACGGACAAGGCAGCAGCAAAGGCCCGAAGCAGGAUGUGGACAUGUGGCUGUGGCAGCUGGAGGGCUCCUCCAUGGUGAUGAUGGAGGGCCAGCACCUGAGCCUGACCCCUGAUGACAGCCUCCUGGUGCCAGCCGGGACUGCGUAUGUCUGGGAGCGAGGGCAAGGCUCUGUGGCCCUAGCUGUGACCCAGGACCCCACUCGCAAGAAGCCCCUGGGGUGAUCAUCUUGCUGUGGGCCCAAAGCAGCCACAGCAUGUGCUGGAGUGCCACCCCUGCCAAGCUGCUCUCCCAGCCCCCACUGCUUCUAGGUGUACUGCUGCUGAGUCACUCAGCGUCCCCUGCCGCUGGGUCCUGGACACCACUGUCAUUAUUCUCCUCCCAUCCUCUUGGCCCAGACGCCAGGUUCCUGAGGGGCCAGUCGCUCCCCUUCUCCUCUAACAACCCUUAGCCCACCGCCCCACAGCUCUGCCAGGGGGUCUGCACCCUGAGGCUGGGCUGCCUCUCCAUCCUGCGUCCUCACAGGCUCCUUUCAGCACCUGUCUGCCACCAAGGCAGCUCUCAAUAAAGCCUUCCGGGUGGGCGAGCACCUGUGGGUCUGCACACACCCAAGCUGUGGUCGACAGCGGACCCCAUGUGUUUCUGCGACUGUGUGUUGUCUGGGGUGUCAGGGCACUGGGUGACUAUGGACAUGUAGAGAGUCUGGUUGGGGGUGUCCCUGUUUGGAGGGGCUCUCCUCACGGUGUGUAUGGCCCAAUCCACACAGGCUCCUCUGUUUGUCCUGGGGGCACAGCUGAUGUCAUCUCUCUGUCUCUUUCCCACUUACUCUUUUUACAUCAUGUUAAAAAAUAGCAUCUGUUAGGUUUUUCUCUCCCAAUAACGGGAGGGAUUUCUGCUAAUUGUAGAAAACAUAAAAACACAAAAUCCCCUA